GUAUUAGAAUUGCAUCUCACCAUGUCUGAAGGAGAAGCCAAGCAGGUUCCCAGUAGUGGCUCAGACACAAAGCCAGAAUCCACAUCUUCUGGCCCAGGAAUGACCUCCGUGUCCCCACCAGUGACUUCUACAGCUCCACCAGCGCCCCAAGAAGAGGAAGAGGAGGAGAGUGAAGAUGAGUCUGAAAUCCUUGAAGAAUCCCCCUGUGGCCGGUGGCAAAAAAGACGUGAAGAGGUGAAUCAGCGCAAUGUCCCAGGGAUCGAUAGUGCCUACCUGGCCAUGGAUACAGAGGAGGGUGUGGAAGUUGUUUGGAACGAGGUUCAGUUUUCUGAGCGUAAGAACUUUAAGCUUCAGGAGGAGAAGGUUAAAGCGGUCUUUGACAACCUGAUCCAGCUGGAACACCUGAAUAUUGUGAAAUUCCAUAAGUACUGGGCUGAUGUAAAGGAGAACAAGGCCAGGGUAAUCUUCAUCACUGAGUACAUGUCCUCAGGGAGCUUGAAACAGUUCUUGAAGAAGACAAAGAAGAACCACAAGACAAUGAAUGAAAAGGCCUGGAAGCGCUGGUGCACCCAGAUCCUUUCUGCUCUCAGCUACCUCCACUCUUGUGAUCCCCCGAUCAUCCACGGUAACCUGACCUGUGACACCAUCUUCAUUCAGCACAAUGGACUGAUCAAGAUUGGGUCAGUGGCACCGGACACCAUCAAUAACCAUGUGAAGACAUGUCGUGAGGAGCAGAAGAACCUGCACUUCUUUGCCCCAGAGUAUGGAGAAGUUGCCAAUGUCACUACUGCCGUGGACAUCUACUCCUUUGGCAUGUGUGCACUGGAGAUGGCGGUGCUGGAGAUCCAGGGUAACGGUGAGUCCUCCUAUGUGCCCCAGGAGGCUAUUAACAGCGCCAUCCAGCUGCUGGAGGACCCCUUGCAGAGGGAGUUCAUUCAGAAGUGCCUGGAGUUGGACCCUGGGAAACGCCCCACUGCUCGGGAACUCCUCUUCCACCAAGCUCUGUUCGAGGUGCCCUCCAUGAAGUUGCUGGCCGCUCACUGCAUUGUUGGACACCAGCACAUGAUUCCUGAGAACGCGCUAGAAGAAAUGACCAAAAACAUGGACAUGAAUGCAGUACUGGCAGAGAUCAACCACACGGACCGCGAGGGAGUCAAGAUGAUCUUCUCCCAGUCCCCGGCGCUGGAGCUGGACAAGUUCCUGGAGGAUGUGAGGAAUGGCAUCUACCCGCUCACGGCUUUCGGGAUGCCGCGGCCCCAGCAGCCCCAGCAGGAGGUGGUGAAAUCUCCCAUUGUCCCUCCAUCAGUAAAGACCCCGACACCAGAACCAGCUGAGGUGGAGACCCGCAAGGCAGUGCUGAUGCAGUGUAACAUUGAGUCGGUGGAGGAGGGGGUCAGGCACCACCUGACACUGCUGCUGAAACUGGAAGACAAACUGAAUAGACACUUGAGCUGUGACUUGCUGCCCAAUGAAAAUAUGCAGGAGCUGGCAGCAGAACUGGUCCAGCUUGGAUUCAUCAGCGAGGCCGACCAGCCCAGACUCACCUGUUUACUUGAAGAGGCGUUCACCAAGUUCUGCUUUGCCCGGAAUGGAGCCCUGACGGCGGUGACCGUGUCGUCCUAGCAGCCCCUGCGUGCCGGCUGGCCUUGCUUAGUUGCCCAUGACCCUUUUCUGAGUCUGUCCAUCUGUGUAGGGCACCAGCAAGCCCCUAGAUGCUGCGCUUGGAAGCUCACCCUGCAUGUGCCGUCGCCAGGCCCAGGGCCAGUCUGCCCUGCCUGCCUAUUAAAGGGGAUUGGCGAGUCA